GAGAGUGAAAUCAAAAAUACACGCAUUGAAAUUCUAGAGAGAGGAAGCUUCACGCUGGAGGAAGUAGUCUAUUCAAAGGAAGUCAAUCGUGAGAAAUGUCCAGUAAUCGUCUUCUUCAUAUGUUUACGAAUUCGUCUGCAGAAUCUCCUCUCGAUUUGACAGUAAAACGCGCAGAUAUGGAUCCCAGUGGCCCAACAGAUUACCUCCAGAAGUCAUUUACUACAACCAUAGCCACGCUGAACAACCCAAUGACGGAUUAUUCAUCAUACCAACAAAGUAGUUCCGGUGGUUAUUAUGAAACUGAUGAACAAUAUUCACCAAUGUAUAGCGACAGUGUUACCUCACCCAUGUACACCACACCAGAAGAUUCUCCUUCUUCAUCCCAGAAUCUCAAUAUUCCGACGCCGCCGUCACUUUCAGCGCCAUCGUCACCAGUAUACGACGGCAAUCAAAAACAGUAUGAUCAGAGUUCUACAACAAGUUCUAUAUUACCAAAAAAGCGAAAGAAUCUGUGGCGUCCAUACGACAGGGCAGCCCUAGGUGUCCCUGUUUCCGGUGAAAGAGAAGGGGACAGCGGGUCUGAUUCUGGGUCAAACUCGUCUUCAGACCAAGAAUUUAAAACCCCACACACUCCUAUGGACCCCAUGAAAAGGCGUAAACGCAACAUGUUACAGUAUGCCGAGGAACAUUUGAAUGAUCAUCAAAAUAAAUUCAGCGUUACACAAUCAAAUACCUCAUCUAGUCAGAUAAAAUCAACAUCCGCGGCGGAAUAUAAUGACGUCAUUGUGCCAUUACCAAAUAAUAGUAUUGACACGUUUGUGUCCUCCCGUAACGUCAAUGAAAAUCCUGAUGUUCGGGAACAAGUGAUCUCAGGGAUGAAAAAACGCGACAUUUUUGGAUGGUCCCUUAAACUGUCGAAACCACCAGAAGAUGUUAAUACUGCCGUUCCCGGCAAACCCACUGUUUGUCAGGAUGGUGAUAAAACGUAUUUUGAGUUGCAAACAGUCAAGAAAAAUAGUCCUGAAGGAUGUGUACAAAACACAAACAGUGAUAUCCCGGUGAAACAUGGAAUCUCAAAAGUAUCCCCUUCAAAGCACCAGCAAUCAAAAAACGCGGGUAACGGCGGCAGAAGGAAUAGCGCGAUUAAGAAGCAAACGAAAGAAGUGGGAAAAGAAAAUAAUAAAAAUGCUUCAUGCAAUCGCGUAUAUAUACAAACGAAAGACAACGUUAUUGAAAGCUUUGAUGAAACACAAAAUAUACCUCCCAAAGAGGAAACUAAAGAGAAACUGUCUCUCAUUGAUCUCAUUGAGGAAAUCGAAGCCGACGCUUUAAAACAAGAUAAAGACGAAGUUGAGAAAACCCAUAGAAGGAACAUGGGUAUAGUGAAACUGCUUGAACAGUGCAAUCAUGUCAAAUUACAGGCGCUGGACUACCUCAUGUCCAAUGUAAUUAUACAAGAAAAGGGGCCAUCGUUCAAGAACCAGAAUGAGACGGUUCAGAAAAUGUUGAAGGGAGAUAAGAUAGGUUCAGUGAAUAUGCUUGAUGUAGUCGAGCUACAAGUUGAAAUGGGGCUAAACUGACCUGUUUAUAAGCCUGAUAUUGUAGGAUUUUAAAUGGAGAUUGACUUAUGUAUGAUCUCCAAUGGAAAAGAAGUUGUUUUAAAAAAAAAGUAAUAAUUAAGUAUGUGUUGUGACAUGCUAUUCUGACAGAAGAGGAGCUUUUUUAGAAUUUGCGAAGGUGGGAUGAAUUUACAGUGAAUACUUUAUGUUUGCAUCUGGGGAAACUUGAAAGAAUAAAUAUUUGAUGUCGUGGCUGUGUCAAAGAUGGAAGUGUUAAGGCGUGAAUCAAUCUUACUGACGAAGGUUUUAUAAUUAGAUAUGUUUUUAUUUGUGAAAUAGCUUCUUAUCAUGACCUUUAUACUACUUUGGUAGAUGAAGUCGAGCUAUCGUUAUAAUCAAAGUGACAAGAUGUCACUGUGGUAUCACAUGGCAUUACUUUGAAAAGUGAAAGUGAGUAUCUUGACUUCGGACGAUUAUCCCAUUUAGGGAGGGAGAUAUUUAUGAACUGCGCAGUGGGUAUCGGGACAGUAUCAAGAUUUCUAAGUCAAGAGGUUUUGGUGACAUUGUUUGUCAAGUGGAAAUAAUUUAUUUUAUUUAUGUAAUAUUUUCGUUACUAAUGUACUUAAGGUUACUAGAUUAAAUCGUGCUUUUAAAACACUUUGACAUGUAAUAUUUGGGCUUGGUCCAAAGUUGUUAAAUAAAACGGUUUUAGAUUUUAAUUAGAAAAUUUCAUUUACUCUUAAAUUCGCCAGAAACCGGUUCCUGUCGAGUUAUUGGGAGUUUCAAAAUUUUCCACUGGAAUUUAUUAACGAUUUUAAUAACUAAGUGCAAGACUAGACAUGCUAGAUGCACAAUUUCUCCAAUCUUUGCUUUUCCCAUUGGCUUUUCUGGUAAGAUUUCGUUGGGUACGAAGAAACCCGUGUGAAAGAAAUUGUUUGGUCCGCCUAAUCACAGGUAAAAACAAAUAUUCAUUGGUAAUCAUUUCCCCCUCUAACUGAACUUCCGUGUUUUAUGACAAAUAGUUAACUGGAAUAUGAGAGAGGGGUGGAUGGGCGGAAAUGAAGGGUCAGCCAAAAAGUAAAAGAGACAGUAGUUUUGAUGUAUUCGACUGAGUGGAUUUUCAGCUGUUCACGGCGUAACAAUUUACAUUUUAAUAGAGAUUGCAAUAAUUGUUAUGUUUGAGAAUUUUAUUAAAUUUGAUGUAAAUAUGUUGUUAUGAUAUAAAUUGUGAUGUAAUGUAGUUCGAUUAUGGGGUUGAAAGAUUAGUGAUUCGUGUUGUAGAUGUGUAUGAAUGUAAUUCUGAUAGGUAUCCGACCAGAACCGGUUAAUUGAGGAACUAUUUUUUUUACCCAGUAACAAUUAGGUUAUUGAACAGUAAUCUGGUAAGAUGCUCUGACUCAGACCAUAGUUUACUCCUUAAUAACAGUUACCAAAGUUAUAAAUUAUAUGUUGGCAUUACAAAAUCUUAUUACUCUGCUACUGUUUGAUAACACCAACAUCCUGCCCCCAGCUCAGUUAGAAGAGCAAAGAUGUACGGGUCGCGGAGUCGUGAGUUCGAUUCCUGGCCGAGGUGUUAUGUUCCCUGUGACAAUUUGAUAAAAGAAGUCUGAAAUCAUUUGUCCUCCACCGCUGAUCCAUGUGGAGAAAUUGGCAGUUACUUGUGGAGAACAGGUGAAUACUGGUACAGAAUCUAGGAACACUGGUUAGGUGAACUGUCCACAUUUACAUAACUGAAAUACUGUUUAAAAACGGCGGUAAACCCAAAACAAACAAACAAACACUAGAUUACUUAUCCUUACAAGUCAUAUAAGAUGUUACAAAGAGUCAUUCCAGGGAGCUCUUUGAUACUAAUAUUAAUUGUUUAUACGAAGGGGAAAAUGUAAGGUUUGAAUGGAAACAUAUUGUUGUGUAUAACAUUUUAUUAAGCAUUAUACUCCCACAGUCUGCUGUGAAAGAAAGAGAGCGGAGAGUUACACUCAUUAUACGAUCAUACACUGAUUACCGGUGCGAUGGCAGUCUUUCAACUUAAAUAUGAAGAGAAGUGGAACUGAUGGCCACUCUCCACCGGCCUGUAUUCACCAGCGUUUUAAAUCUGAAAUUGAGACUUGGACAAUAUCUCCAAAUGAGAUUGCCAUGAAUUUUGAUUAUGAUUUGAAAUGCAACAACGUGUUUGGUAUUUGUAAAUGUAUCAGAGUGUACAUUUGUAACCAAACUGAAGUAGAUUUGAAAUGAAAGUCUCACAACUAGACUCGGAACGCGAAUGAAUACGGGCCCAGUUCAAACAUGUCGAAACGUCCUUAAGAGUGCAGGUAUUUAGGUGAUCUCAAAGUUAGAAAAGGUUACUGACCAUUGUUUAAAACUAAGUCCGCGCGACAAUGCAAUGUCAUGACCAUUGAGAAUAAAGGUCCAAAUGUUGUUUUGUAAGUAUUGCAAAUUCUUGUGGAAAAUUGCGUAUAUUACCUGCUAAACACAUAUCUUCAGACAGGCGCAAUUUUUUUUCAGGUUAGUGCAAUACUUUCGCUUGUAACCUUGCUAUCUCUUCUUGUACAUAAUUAUAAAAUGGUCUUUUCGCGUAUUUUUUUCUAGUCUGUUAAAGAAAAAUCAUCAGCGGUGCUAUGUAAUUGCUUACAGCAUAUAAGAUAAUUAAUAUCUGAUUCGUCUAUAGUUUUCUUAAAUAACAAAGCCUGUUUUAACAUACUGCGUAACGUUGCUUAAGUGGUUAACUUUAAAUGAAUUGUUACUAGCGCAGUCGUACGCUGUCUGUUUAGCUCACGAUAAUAAGCAGUAAUGACAUUCGGUAAUUUUCGUUCGUUUCCAUAGUCUCCUAAUGCUGUUUCGGCAUUCUCCGCUUAUAAUGUAAUUCAUACGUGCAACCAGCCGGAGAAUGCCGAACUCGCAAUACGGAGAAAAACGAAAUAGUACGGAGAUUGUCGAUGUUAUUACGGGCCCACUACCUUAAAUAUAUACAUAUAUCAUGAAUUAUGGAAAUACAGCUGAAACUCUGUAUCUCGAAUUCCAAUGGAUUGAGCGUUAAUUAAAACUUUUACUUCCAUAUAACCGAAUUCGACUUAAAACGAUAUUUUGUGAACGUGUUUUCCGGACGGUUCGUGAUAGCCGGAAUUAUGUCGAUUUUAACUGUAUACUAAUGGAUAUAAAGACGCGCGAUGGUCCAUUCGUGGUUUUAAGUAGGUAGCUCAAUUACUCGACGUCUAUAUAAUUAGAUCUAGUUUUAGACUCAAAUUACACAUGCUGGAUAGACAAAAAGUUAAAGUUCGAAUAUAGUAGAGGUUUGACAGUAAUAAUGCGAGUUCUCGAGAUUCCCAUAUAUUAUUCCUGUUAACUUCUUUAGUUUCUAUUUGUUUUCAAGCAGAAAAUAUUAAGUAUUACAUUAUGUGUGUAUUAUUUGUUUCUAUAUGUAUUAAAUUAAAGAGAGGAUACUUUUAGACUUAAUAUAUGGAAUUAAGAUUUCAUUGUUUGAAUAAAGUAUUGAUA